AACAUAAAUACAGUGCAAACAAACCAAACCAACCACCCACAGAUAACAGUACAUACAAGCAAGCGUCGUCAGGCAGGCCGGGUCAAUAUCAAUCGGGCAGGUAGGUACAGGGGGAGCAAGCGGAGAUGGGUCGGGGUCACAGGCCAGGUUCAGCAGGUAGCUAGCAGCGUAGUACAGAGGGUCAGGCAGAGGGAUGGUCAGGAGCGAGCCGGGAUCAGAGCAGGAGAAGUCAGCAGCGGUUCAGAUCAGGCAGGGUCAGCAAAGGAACAGAAACAGGAUGCAGGACAGAUACAGGGCCCAGGACAAACACAACACCAAGGCAGAGUCUGCAAGUCUUGGCCA